CAAAAGCCAGAGGUGCAAGAAGCAGCGACUGCAGCAGCAAAAGCGCCAGCAGAAGCAGCAUCAGCAGCAACAAAAAAAAUCCUCAUCAAAUCCUCACCUAGGCGCUCAGUGUAUCCAGAUCCACAUCUUCACUCAAGCCGGGAGAGGGAAAGAGGAAAGGGGGGGGAGGAAAAAAAAAAAAAAAAACCCAACAACUUAGCGGAAACUUCUCAGAGAAUGCUCCAAAACUCAGCAGUGCUUCUGGUGCUGGUAAUCAGUGCUUCUGCAACCCAUGAGGCGGAGCAGAAUGAUUCUGUGAGCCCCAGGAAAGCCCGGGUGGCAGCUCAGAACUCAGCUGAAGUGGUUCGCUGCCUCAACAGCGCUCUGCAGGUUGGCUGUGGAGCUUUUGCAUGCCUGGAAAACUCCACCUGUGACACAGAUGGGAUGUACGACAUCUGUAAAUCCUUCUUGUACAGCGCUGCUAAAUUUGACACUCAGGGAAAAGCAUUUGUCAAAGAGAGCUUAAAGUGCAUCGCCAACGGGGUCACCUCCAAGGUCUUCCUGGCCAUUCGGAGGUGCUCCACUUUCCAGAGGAUGAUUGCUGAGGUGCAGGAAGAGUGCUACAGCAAGCUGAACGUGUGUAGUGUCGCCAAGCGGAACCCUGAAGCCAUCACGGAAGUCGUCCAGCUCCCUAAUCACUACUCCAACAGAUACUAUAACAGACUCGUCCGAAGCCUACUGGAAUGUGAUGAAGACACAGUCAGCACAAUCAGAGACAGCCUGAUGGAGAAAAUCGGACCCAACAUGGCCAGCCUCUUUCACAUCCUGCAGACAGACCACUGUGCCCACACACACCAGCGAGCUGACUUCAACAGGAGGCGUGCCAACGAGCCACAGAAGCUGAAAGUCCUCCUCAGGAACCUCCGAGGUGAGGUGGCCUCUCCCUCCCUCAUCAAACGCACCUCCCACGAGAGUGCAUAGCCGGGGAGAGGUAUUCACAACCUCACCAAACUACGAUCAUUUUAAGGGUGUUCGCUCACCAACUUCGAGUGUACUGUGCCUGGUUUGAUUUUUUUAAGUAGUUCCUAUUUUCUAUCCCCCCCUUAAAAAAAAAAUUGCAUGAAACUAGGCUUCUGUAAUCAAUCUCUCAACAUUCUUCGAUGGCGGCAUUCUCACCAACAGAACACGUGUGAUCUUUCUGCCUCUCCUCAGGAGAAAGUGGCCUCUUUUCCCACUUUCCUCUACCAGGUCUUUUCCCAGCUCCCCUCCAAUGACUCUCAAACGCAAAACAUUCAUGUAAUUCCCCAGACUUUGUAAUUUGAAGAUGUGGAACCCUUUAGAAUGGUUGCCCCAGUAGAGUUAGCUGGUAAGAAGCAACUUAAUUUAAAUGCAUGUCUUAAAACGCUCAUAAAGAUGCUCAGUGGAAUUCGUGUUAUGAAUCUGUGCUGGCCAUGGACGAAUAUGAAUGUCAUAUUUGAAUUCUUGAUCUCUCAUGAGCUAGUGUCUUACGGUCUUGAUCCUCAAUGUCUAAUUUCCUUCCCAACACAUUUACCAAAUUGCUCGAGCCUGGCUCUUCAACCAGACUUGGAGCCUGCAUCUUCUUGCAUCUAAUGAAAAACAAAAAGCUAACAUCUCUAUGUACUGUAACUGCUCAGAGCUUUAAAAGUAUCUUUAACAAUUGUCUUAAAUCCAGAGAAUCUUAAGGUCUAACUGUGGAAUAUAAAUAGGUGAAAACUAAUGUACUGUACAUAAAUUCCAGAGGACUCUGCUUAAACGAAGCAGUAUAUAAUAACUUUAUUGCAUAUAGAUUUAGUUUUGUAACUUAGCUUUAUUUUUCUUUUCCUGGGAAUGGAAUAACUAUCUCACUUCCAGAUAUCCACGUAAAUGCUCCUUGUGGCCUUUUUUAUAACUAAGGGGGUAGAAGUAGUUUUAUUCAACAUCAAAACUUAAGAUGGGCCUGUAUGAGAUAGGAAAAACCAACAGGUUUAUCUGAAGGACCCCAGGCAAGAUGUUAAUCUCCCAGCCCACCUCAACCCAGAGGCUACUCUUGACUUAGACCUAUCCUGAAACAGCUCUGUCACAUCCAACUGAGAAUUACAGGAACCAAAAAGAGCAUCCCUUUGGGCUUGGACCACUUAGAGUGUGAUAAGGCCUGCUAUACCUUGGGAAGUGGCAGUUCUUGACUUUCUGCCUUUCAUCAGUGCCUGGUACUCUGGCAGCCUGAUGAUGGGGUAGGAGGCUUUCCAUUAACUCAAUCAGGAAUGAGUCAAUCAGCCUUUGGGUCUUUAGUUUGGGGGACUUGGGGCUGAGGGGGUAUAAAUAACCCUGGGCUGUCCAGCCUUAAUAGACUCCUCUUACAUUUUUGUCCUGUAGCACGCUGCCUGCCAAAGUAGUCCUGGCAGCUGGGCUAUCUCUGUAGGAUUGCAAAAAAGAAAAAAGAAAAAAAAAAAAUGAAAGAAAGAGGAAAAAAAGAGCUGGCGGUUUGAUCAUUUCUGCCGUGAUGUUUACAAGAUGGCGACCACCAAAGCCAAAUGAUUAACCUAGCUAUGAACAACAGUAGUUUCUCAGGGUCACUGUCCUUGAACCCAACAGUCCCUUAGGAGCGUCACUGCCCACCAAAGGUCAAUGUUGAGAGAGGGAGAGGGAGGAGGGGUAGGACUGUAAGGGCCACUCCAAACUCGCUUAGGUAGAAACCAUUGGUGCUUGACUCUCACUAGGAUAAACUCCAGAUUUGCCCAAAUCGAGUGUUAGGGAUGCUGGUGGGAGGAGGGGGGGCACAUCCCCAGAAAAA